AUGCAGUGCGUGAGCGCGGUGGAGCCCGAGUGGCUCGCGGAGCUCGGGCCGAUGUUCUUCUCCAUCAAGAUGGCGGGCACCACGCGCGCCGAGGCCCGCAGGCAGCAGUCGGAGCACAAGAAGGAGAUGGAGUCGCAGAUGGCGCAGGUGGAGGAGAUCCGGAGGAAGCGCAGGGAGGACGAGGAGGCCAAGCGCAGCGAGAAGCGCGACGCGGAGCGGGGCGCCAUUGUCACGCCGGGGAUGCGCCCGGCCGGGGCCAAGGCCACGCCGGCGCGGACGCCCCGCAGGCACGUGGGCCUGUAG